AGUUUCUCAGAUCCAUAGAAACCGAAUUGUGCUCUCCCAUUACCCAUGUUCCUUUGGACAUAACGGACCAGGCCGUACACAAAUUGAAUUAAAAUCUAGAUCUGCGCAACUCAAUAGCUCCGCGGUCAGCUGAUGUGCAGCUGCUGAGAUGCCUCGAUGUAAGUAGCAAAAGGAAAGGCAGAAAAAACACCCGUCAAAGUGUGGGCUGCCAAAGCAGCCGAGGAGCUGCGUGCCCCCGCGUGCCGUGCCCGCAGAGCCCUGCGCGUCCCGCAGCGCCCGCGGCAGCGCGGCCCCGGCGCCGGGGGGGCGGGCAGUGCCCGGCGGAGCCGCCUGUCCGCCGCCGGGUCCCGCCUGCCCCGUGUCACGGAGGGAUCUCUAACAACGAGCAGUCAAGAGCCCCAGGGAGGAGAGAGAAAACACAUCACCAGCUGUAGCUGAGAGGCAAUUUGAGAGCAAACGGCUGGGGACCCCCUGGCAACUCUGUUUCGCUCACAAGGUGUAUGUGUCCGUGGGUGGAUGCAUGAACUGGCACCCGUCUUCUGGGGGAAGUUUUCUAUUUCGUCCAGCUCUGGGAAGACUGCCUGCUCAGCGGCUCUCAGCGCGGCACCUCUCAGCGCUGCCUGCGGCUGCCGGCCCCGAGCCGCCAGCCCUCCGCGAUGCCGGCGCGCAGCGGCGGGGUUUUGAAACACGGGCUUCGUGAUUUCAGCGUGAAAAGCGGCCAGGCUCUCUUUCCCUUUAUUUUUUUGGAAGGAGUAACAACGCCUGCCACCUUUUGUUCUGCGAGCUACUGCAUAUAACGGAACGAUUAAUGAAAACCCGCGAAGGAGGUGAAGACGGUGCGCAGAGGCGGUGUUCAGCCCGGACUCACUCCUGCGGCCGGCCGGCCACCUGUUGAGGCGGGGUAGGCGGGCGCUCGCUCGCUUCAGUCCCUCCGAGACAGUUCUAAGCCCAGCCGGAGCUGCCUAGCGCCGCCCCGGCCGUGCUGGAAGACGCGACGCCUGAGCCUCCCUAGGAGCGAAGGCAAAAAGCAGAAGUUUUCUGAGGUGGGGGCCGGGGCCGCUCGGCUCCGCUCAGCUCCGCUCCCUGCAGGCGCACCGCCCCGGGCCGCCCUGCGGGGGCAACGGCAAGCUAAGCCGGCAGGGGAGAAGAAGGGGGGACCCCCCCGCGCCUCCUUUCCCCGAGGAGACACCCCCGCGGAGCUCGGUCUCCCGCGGCCGCCAGCGCGGAGAGGCGCGGAGGCUCGGCCGCUCCGCGGGGCCGGCCCGGCGCGGGGGGUGCGCGGUUGCGGCCGGAGCGCCGCCCCCGGCGGAGGAGCCGGCGGAGGGGCCGGCGGGGGCGGGGGGCCCGGGGCAGCCGGGCGGAGCGCGCUGCCCGCCCAGGAGCGGCCGGGGCUGCCGCGCCGCCUCCGCGCCCCGCGGCGCGGGCUGCGCCCCUGCGGGCGGCCGGCACCUCCCCGCUUCCCGCCGCGCCGCCGCCCGGUGCUGGCGGCCGCCCCCGCUGGCCGCGGUGCCGGGGAGCGGCUGCUCCGCUUUCCGCCCGCGGAAACUUUGGCCGGCGCUAAGAGGGAGGAUGGAAGUGGGGGAGCCCGCGGCGGCGCCCCUCAACCGGUCCCGAGGUGGGGCAGAGCCGCCCCGCGGGGAGUUCAACCUCUCCGCGCUGCCGGAGGCGGAGGGGAAGCCCCUCUUCGGCAUCGGCAUCGAGAACUUCAUCACCUUGAUCGUCUUCGGUCUGAUCUUCACCCUGGGGGUGCUGGGCAACUCGCUGGUGAUCACGGUGCUGGCGAGGAGCAAGCCGGGCAAGCGCCGCAGCACCACCAACAUCUUCAUCCUCAACCUGAGCAUCGCCGAUCUGGCCUACCUGCUCUUCUGUAUCCCCUUCCAGUCCACAGUCUACGUGCUCCCCACCUGGGUGCUGGGCGCCUUCAUCUGCAAGUUCAUCCAUUACUUCUUCACUGUCUCCAUGCUGGUGAGCAUCUUCACGCUCUCGGCCAUGUCUGUGGACCGCUAUGUGGCCAUCGUGCAUUCCCGACGCUCCUCGGCCUUGCGCGUUUCCCGCAACGCGCUGCUGGGUGUGGGGCUCAUCUGGGCGCUCUCCUUCGCCAUGGCCUCGCCUGUGGCUCACCACCAGCGCCUCUUCCACCGCGAGGCCAGCAACCAGACCUUUUGCUGGGAGCACUGGCCCAACCCACGCCACAAGAAGGUCUAUGUGGUUUGCACGUUCGUCUUUGGGUAUCUGCUCCCACUGCUGCUCAUCUCCUUCUGCUAUGCCAAGGUUCUUAAUCAUCUACACAAGAAAUUGAAAAACAUGUCAAAGAAGUCAGAAGCGUCCAAGAAAAAGACAGCACAGACUGUGUUGGUGGUGGUUGUGGUUUUUGGCAUCUCCUGGCUGCCGCAUCACGUGAUUCAUCUCUGGGCUGAAUUUGGAGUUUUCCCACUGACUCAAGCCUCCUUCCUCUUCAGAGUAACUGCACACUGCCUGGCUUACAGCAAUUCUUCUGUGAACCCGAUUAUAUACGCGUUUCUCUCUGAAAAUUUUAGGAAGGCCUACAAACAAGUCUUCAAAUGCCAGACGGGUAACAAGUCACCUCUGAAUGACGCUAAGGAAAACAAAAGUCGGAUAGAUACACCACCGUCUACCAACUGUACACACGUGUGAACUUUGUCCUGGAUGUUGGCUCUUCAUCUGAGUGAACUAAACACCUAGAAAACAAAGCACAAUGAGCUUUAUCCUGGAUUUGUCUUGAUAAAGCUAAUUGGUAUUUAAUGUACUGAAGUUGCAUUUGUAGCAAAAGUCUGUGAAACUAGUAUGAAAGAAAACUGGGCUGAUCAUUUGCAUCUUAGAUAACUUUGUCAAAUGAAGCUCUUGGACCUUUAAAAGAUAAUUGAGUAAAAAAUAUUGGAGAUGAUAUGCCUGUAUUCUGACUAAGCCUACGAUGUGUAAACAUUCAAACAUACAAGAAGGAAAUGUUGGUAUGGACAAGUAACUUUGUCGUCUUCUUUCAUCUAAGUGAAGAGAUGGCUAAAAUUUCCAUCUUACAGAUAAUAAAUACCAUAGUACUAUAAUUUUAGAGAGGAAAACUUUUGUUCUCUCUUCAGAUUGUUUUGACAAUGCCUUUUCUUUUUGUAAAGUAAAGAUGGGUUCUGAUUUGUUGCCAUUCAUAACCCUGAUGGAGUAGCAGUAUUAAACACCAGCCAGGCAGGCUGGCAGCAAAGUCUUGUGGCCUUUUUUUUUAAAUUUUAAAAUUUUAAUUUUUUAAAAAAAUUGAUUGGAAACAGAAGUGCUGAGGUACUAACAGGCUGACUCCUGUUUUUACCUCUGCUGUCAAAAGUGGUUCCAAAGAGUGUUUAUUGAUGUGGUGAUAGGCACUAUAUAAAUACAAAUAUAAAUUGGUAUUUGUAUAUAUAUAUAAUAUAAAUUGAUAUAAACUCCAAAUAUAAACUCAUUUGGAGUUGAAAUAACCUGUGUACAACUUGAGGCAAUUGCUUUAGGGAGGAAAUGCUUAUUUUAUCUGUUUAGCUGUCUUUUUAAUGUAAUAACCUGAAUAAUGAUGGACUUUUUUCCACUUCAUAUGGCUGCCUUACUGUAUGCACAGAACUUUUGUGUACACUGUGUAAGGUUUUGUUUAUGGCUUAUGUGUACUUGUACCAAAAUGAGGAUUUGUGUCUGAGGGAAGCUUUUCUUCAUGUGUUGCGCACGCGCGCGCGUGUGUGUGUGUAUGUUUUGCUAACUUGAUAGACUUUGAGAUGGAGAUACAGUUUUAAGUGUGCAAUAUAUACAUACAUUUUUUUAAAUACUAUGUUCUGUAAAACUCUGGGAAAUGCUUAAGCACUUGAAAACAGCAUGCCCUUAAAAGUUGUAAGAGGGGCUUGAUAUCGUGUAGCUCAAAAUUGGAAAAAUUCAGAAAGAUACAUUUAAAUCGGUACAAAGUAUAUAGAGUACAUAGUCCAGUUCUGCAAAUUCUUAAAUAGGGUGAGCAGUUUCAGCAAUUUUAUAAAAGUAUUUAAUAUGUCUUUAAGUGGUAAACCACUAAAGAAAUAACAGAAAGGCGCUCAGUCCUUUGAGAACAUUAUUGUCAGCUGGAGUAAGAUAUGCUUUUACCAUUUUUGUUAAUAACCAUUAGACUCAUAGAAUAAAUUAAGUUGAAGGAACCUCUGGACAUCCCCUCAAGGCAGGGCUACCCUCAUAGUUGGGUUGCUUCCUUGUCUAGGCAAGAUUUGAAAAUUUCUAAGGAUGGUGAUUCAACAGUUUUUUUGGGGCAACCUGUGCCAGUGCCUAGCCACCCUCACUAAAUAUUUUUUCUUAUCCCCAGCUGGGAUUUCUCUUGUAGCUUGUGACCGUUGCCUUCUGUGUACUUAAGUCUUCUCUCUAAUAUGUAAUUUAAAAUGGCAAUUAACUUUUCCCCCAGCCUUCUCUUCUGAAACAACACAUCACUCUCAGUCUCUCCUCAGCUGUUGUGCUCCAGCUUCCUGGCCAGAUUAGUGGCCUUCCACUGGCUUUGCUCCAGCAACUCCAUCCCUCUGGUGAACUGGGGUGUUCAAAACUGCUGUGUGCCAGAUGUAGCCUCACAAGCACUGAGUAGACUAAUCACUUUCCUUGACCCACUGGCUGAUUCUUGCUAAUAAAGCCCAGUGUUACAGUAAUUUAUUGCUGCAAGGGUACACUGCUGACUCGUGUUUAAUUUCUGCUGUACAAGCACUCUUGUGUCCUUUCUGCAGAAUUGCAGUCCCAGUCCAAGGUUCAGGACUGCUUUUGGCUUUGUGGAACUUCAUGUGUUUGGUAGCUGUUACUUCCAUUCUUCUGGCUUAUCAAGGGUCCUCUGAAAGGUUAACCUGCUUUUCAACAUAUCCACCACUCCCCUGGGUUUGGUAUCAUGUGCAAACUUGCUGAGAGAGUCCUGUACCCUUGUAUGAGUUGGCCAGAUGCUCUGUCAGAUUCUUUUUUCUCCACAAACUUGCUUUUAAAAAAUAAUUGUUCAGAGUGGUGGAAUGACAUCAGCUAUGGAGGUUUAGCUUACAUGAAAAUGUCUACGUUUAUGUGUCAGUGUUGUGUGCUUGGAAACAGUAAAAUAAUAUUGAAGACACGGUA